UAAUAAUAAUAAUAAUAAUAAUAAUAAUAAUGCUUUAACGUCGCACCAACACAAGAUAUGUCAUUAUGGUUACUGAUGGAGGAAGACCUCAGGUGCUCCUCUGUACAUCAUUUCAGGCUCAAACGGGCACCUGAGUAGUAAUUAUAACAAUAACAAAAAUAAGAAUGUUUAUAAAUCAUGGUAUCAUUAAUAAUUAACUUAUAGCAAACAUAAAAUUUUAGAAAUCUUUUCAUUUUUAAUUACAAGCUACGGUGGUGCUUCUAAAAUUACACGCAGCCGAGCGAUUUAACAUUAUACUGUUUAAAGGCCAAUUAUAACUCAACAAUGUUUUAUUUUAUUUUUCAAAUUAAAGCUUUUUAAUUUUGGUGUACCUUUAUAAUAUCCUAAACUACUCAUUGGCAAAUUAUCUUUUUUCAGCUGUUGCUUUUUGGUAGAGAGUACAUGUAUAGUAAAUAAGUAUUUUGUAUGGAUGUCAAAGUAUUAAUUUGAUUACAAUAUGCUUCUUUUAUGACGAAUUAUUUCACAUUAAUCAUUACUUUUGUAGGUAACAUACAUUUUGCAUUUUUCUAAACCCACCAUUUUAAGAUUAAAAAUGUCAUGUUUGCCCUUGUUGUUCCAUAAUGUGCCUUAAACGAGAAAUGAUUUGAGCCGCACCAUGACAAAACCAACGUAAUGCGUUUGCGACCAGCAUGGAUCCAGACCAAUUUGCGCAUCCGCAAAGUCUGAUCAGGAUCCAUGCUGUUCGCUAUCAGUUUCUCUACUUGUAAUAGAGUUGGUAAUCGAACAGCGGAUGCGCAUGCUGGUCUGGAUUCAUGCUGGUCGCAAACGCACUGUGUUUGUUUUGUCGUGACGCGGCUCAUUUAUUGUAGAUGGAACAACAGACAGGUAGAAUUUACACGAUGAUAAUAGCUGUUACCGCAUUAUUUCUCCUUCUACUCAGACGUUUUGAAAUAUCGGACGCAGCAACAUGCGGUCAACGAAGCUACAACCCUACAUAUCAUAUUUGUUGUAAUGGCGUCCUUACUUCUAGAGGAUCGAAUAGAGCAUGUUGUGGAACAAGAGCGUACAGUCCUACAUUUCAAAUUUGUUGUAACGGGGUGAUCCGUUCUAGAGGAUCGAAUACAGCAUGUUGUGGAACAAGAGCGUAUAAUCCUACAUUUCAAAUUUGUUGUAAUAGGGUUAUCCGUUCUAGAGGAUCGAAUACAGCAUGUUGUGGAACAAAAGCGUAUAAUCCUACAAUCCAGAGUUGUUGUAAUGGCGUCCUUAGUUCUAAAGGAUCGAAUAGUGCAUGUUGUGGGACAAGAUCGUACAAUGCUGCAUUCCAGAUUUGCUGUAACGGGGUUAUCAGUUCUAGAUGAUCGAAUGGAGCAUGUUGUGGGACAAGAACUUAUAAUCCCACAUUCCAGAUGUGUUGUAACGGGGUUAUCAGUUCUAGAGGAUCGGAUAGAGCAUGUUGUGUAACAAGAGCGUACAGUCCUACAUUCCAGAUUUGCUGUAACGGGAUUAUCAGUUCUAGAGGAUCGAAUGGAGCAUGCUGUCGUACAAGAGCGUAUAAUCCUACAUUCCAGAUUUGCUGUAACGGGGUUAUCAGUUCUAGAGGAUCGAAUAGAGCAUGUUGUGGAACAAGAGCGUACAAUCCUACAUUUCAAAUUUGCUGUAACGGGGUUAUCAGUUCUGGAGGAUCGAAUAGAGCAUGUUGUGGAACAAGAGCAUAUAAUCCUACAAUCGAGAGUUGUUGUAAUGGCGUCCUUAGUUCUAAAGGACCGAAUAGUGCAUGUUGUGGGACAAGAUCGUACAAUCCUACAUUCCAGAUUUGUUGUAACGGGGUUAUCAGUUCUAGAGGAUCGAAUAGAGCAUGUUGUGGAACAAGAGCGUAUAAUCCUACAAUCGAGAGUUGUUGUAAUGGCGUCCUUAGUUCUAAAGGACCGAAUAGUGCAUGUUGUGGGACAAGAUCGUACAAUCCUACAUUCCAGAUUUGUUGUAAAGGGGUUAUUAGUUCUAGAGGAUCAAAUAGAGCAUGUUGUGGAACAAGAGCGUAUAAUCCUACAAUCCAGAGUUGUUGUAAUGGCGUCCUUAGUUCUAAAGGAUUGAAUAGUGCAUGUUGUGGGACAAGAUCGUACAAUGCUGCAUUCCAGAUUUGCUGUAACGGGGUUAUCAGUUCUAGAGGAUCGAAUGGAGCAUGCUGUGGUACAAGAACGUAUAAUCCUACAUUCCAGAUUUGCUGUAACGGGGUUAUCAGUUCUAGAGGAUCGAAUAGAGCAUGUUGUGUAACAAGAGCGUACAGUCCUACAUUCCAGAUUUGCUGUAACGGGGUUAUCAGUUCUAGAGGAUCGAGUGGAGCAUGCUGUCGUACAAGAGCGUAUAAUCCUACAUUCCAGAUUUGCUGUAACGGGGUUAUCAGUUCUAGAGGAUCGAAUGGAGCAUGUUGUGGGGCAAAAACGUAUAAUCCUACAUUCCAGAUUUGCUGUAACGGGGUUAUAAGUUCUAAAGGUUCGAAUGGAGCAUGUUGUGGAGCAAAAUCGUAUAAUCCUACAUUCAAGAUUUGUUGUAAUGGGGUUAUCUGUUCUAAAGGAUCAAAUACAGCAUGCUGUGGAACAAGACCUUACAAUCCUACCUUUAAGAGGUGUUGUUAUGGACAAUUGUGCUAAAUGUCUUAUAACAAGUAAAGCCUUUUUAUGCAAAAUUGACAGAAAUGAAGGGACUAUUCUUACUGCUUGAUAUUAUCAGUUUUAAAAUUCAUUGUAACAUGAGCAAAAUAUGUGUAAGUUUAUAUUUACCGGAGCACAUUAAUUAAGUUAGUGGCGUAUAUACAAUAUUUACAAUCUUAAAAUGAUUUAUUAUAUAAAAAUGUUGGUUCGGUAUAAUAAAACACAGGGUGUGGAGCUCCAAACGCCUUAAAAUCUAAAGAAAUUGUAUAGUUGCCAAUCUUAACACAUAAUUUUAAUUUGUCGUUGACAAAAUCACACACUUACUCCCAAAAUCAUCUUUUAUUCCAAUUCAAUAUUUUCACAUAUAUUCCUUUUGUCUAUCGACACCGUUCAUAUCAUACUCCACGAUAAUGGUCAAUUUUAAACUUCAACUUCGUCUUUGAAUUUAAUGUAAAUAACACAACAGGCAAAAGAAACAUGAUUAAAAGAAGAAAAUAUUGAAAUGGUUUAUUUUAAGACUGUUGAAUACUCACCCAGUUUUUGAAAAUAUUUUUGAAAACAAAAUCUCCAAAUAGUUGACUGUCCUGAAUAUAACGAAAUGAAAGCCCAAAAAUAAAUAUCAUUCAGCCGAAAUGAUUUUGUACCAUAACGUGAAUAAAGUAGGAUGAUAAAUAUACUUCAAAUGUAUAUAUACUUAUGUCAUUUUUGUUUGGGGAAUAAAUGUGUAAAGUAUCAAUUUUGUACGUAAUAUAUAAUAAAUCUUCAUGAGUAAUA